AUGGACUGGAGCUUCUUCAGAACAGCUGCUGUGUUGUUCAUUUUUCUGGUGGUGGUGGAAGUUAACACUGAAUUCCGAAUCCAGGUAAGAGAUUAUAACGUGAAGAAUGGCACCGUGAAGUGGCACUCCAUCAGGAGGCAAAAGCGUGAAUGGAUCAAGUUCGCUGCCGCCUGUCGUGAGGGUGAGGACAACUCAAAGAGGAACCCAAUUGCCAAAAUUCACUCAGAUUGUGCUGCAAACCAGCAAGUUACAUAUCGCAUCUCUGGAGUAGGAAUCGAUCGACCACCUUACGGAAUCUUUGUUAUUAAUCAAAAAACUGGUGAAAUUAAUAUAACAUCCAUAGUUGAUCGGGAGGUCACCCCUUAUUUCAUUAUCUACUGCCAGGCUCUGAAUUCACUGGGCCAAGAUUUAGAGAGGCCUCUAGAGCUCCGAGUCAGGGUUUUGGAUAUAAAUGACAACCCUCCAGUAUUUUCGAUGUCUACAUUUAUAGGACAAAUAGAAGAAAAUUCCAAUGCAAAUACACUGGUGAUGAGACUCAAUGCCACUGAUGCAGAUGAACCAAAUAAUUUGAACUCAAAAAUAGCCUUCAAGAUCAUAAGACAGGAACCUUCAGAUUCACCAAUGUUUAUUAUCAACAGAAAUACUGGAGAAAUUCGAACAAUGAAUAAUUUUCUAGACAGAGAGCAAUACAGCCAGUACUCUCUUGCUGUAAGAGGCUCAGAUCGAGACGGUGGGGCAGACGGCUUGUCAGCGGAGUGUGAAUGCAACAUCAAAAUCCUCGAUGUCAAUGAUAACAUCCCAUACUUGGAUCUGACUAAGACUACUGUAAAAAUCCAAGAAAAUACUUUAGAUUCAAACUUGCUCGAACUUAGAGUAAUUGAUUUGGAUGAAGAGUUCUCAGCUAAUUGGAUGGGAGUGAUUUUCUUUAUCUCUGGAAACGAAGGAAAUUGGUUUGAUAUAGAAAUGAAUGAAAGAACAAAUGUGGGAAUUUUAAAGGUUAUUAAGCCCCUAGAUUAUGAAGCUAUGCAGAGCCUGCAACUUAGUAUUGGUGUUAGAAAUAAAGCCGAGUUUCAUCAAUCAAUUAUGUCUCAAUAUAAACUCACAGCAACUGCAAUCUCUGUGAUUGUGUCAAAUGUAAUUGAAGGCUCGGUGUUUCGUCCCGGUUCAAAGACAUAUGUCGUAACUCCUAAUAUGGGAGUAAAUCAGAAAGUGGGAGAUUUCAUAGCUACUGACCUGGACACAAAUCAAGCUUCAACAACGGUUAGAUAUGUAAUGGGAAAUAAUCCAGUUGAUCUGCUGUCUAUUGACUCAAAAACAGGCAUAAUCACUUUGAGAAAUAAAAUUACCAUGGAACAAUGGAAGAUGCUUGGGGGAAAAUACCAAGGAACAAUUCUAUCUAUAGAUGAUGCUCUUCAAAGAACUUGCACUGGUACUAUUAAUAUUGAUCUUCAAGGCUGGGAAGACCGUGACACUAAUGUCAGUACAGGUACUAGUAGCACAGGUACCAUUGAUACCACUGGCAAUGGAAACAAUAUAAAUGGAGGUGGUGGUACCAGCUCAGACUACGAUACUUCAUCUGGUAGCAUUACUACCAACCCAGAAUACGUUACCCCAACACGUAGUGGUGACAGAGAAGAAACUGUAAACCAAGAAACCGGUUUGUCAGAUAAUGUACAUUUUGGUCCUGCUGGCAUUGGACUGCUCAUCAUGGGAUUCUUGGUCUUAGGAUUGGUCCCAUUUUUGUUGCUCUGUUGUGAUUGUGGAGGUGCCCCAGGUGUUGGAGCUGGCUUUGAGCCUGUUCCUGAAUGUUCAGAUGGAGCAAUUCAUUCAUGGGCAGUAGAAGGACCACAGCCUGAACCCAGGGGUUUGACUACUAUCCCUGUAACACAAAUACCACCUGAUAAUGCAAAUAUAAUUGAAUGCAUUGACAACUCAGGAGUUUACACAAAUGAGUAUUCUGGCAGAGAAAUGCAAGAUCUGGGAGGAGGAGAAAGAACAACAGGAUUCGAACUAACAGAUGGAGUUAAAAUGCCAGGAAUGCCUGAGAUAUGUCAAGAAUAUUCUGGAACAUUAAGAAGAAAUUCUAUGAGGGAAUGUAGAGAAGGAGGUCUGAAUAUGAAUUUCAUGGAAAGUUAUUUCUGUCAGAAAGCAUAUGCUUAUGCAGAUGAAGAUGAAGGACGCCCAUCCAAUGACUGUUUGCUCAUAUACGAUAUUGAAGGUGUAGGUUCCCCCGCUGGCUCCGUGGGUUGCUGUAGCUUCAUUGGAGAAGACUUGGAUGACAGCUUCUUGGAUACACUAGGGCCUAAAUUUAAGAAGUUGGCAGACAUCAGCCUGGGAAAAGACACUGAACCAUAUCCAGACCCUGAUCCUUCUUGGCCACCUCAGAGCACUGAACCAGUAUGCCUUCAUCAGGAAACAGAGGCCAUUGCUAGGGGACACCCACCAAUCUCCCCACGUUUUGGUACAACCACAGUAAUUUCUGAGAGUGCCCAUCCUUCGGGACCUGGUGUUCAGCAUCCUAUGCCUAUUCCUGAUCCUCUGGGCUACGGUAAUGUCACUGUGACCGAGUCUUACACUACCUCUGGCACCCUGAAGCCCUCUGUCCACGUUCACGAUAAUCGACAUGCAUCAAAUGUGGUGGUGACAGAGAGGGUGGUCGGCCCAAUCUCUGGCGCUGAUUUGCAUGGAAUGUUAGAGAUGCCUGACCUGAGAGAUGGAUCAAAUGUUAUAGUGACAGAAAGGGUAAUAGCACCAAGCUCAAGUCUACCCACCUCUCUGACUAUCCCUAAUCCUAGAGAGUCCUCAAAUGUGGUAGUGACAGAAAGAGUAAUCCAACCAGCUUCUGGCAUGAUAGGCAAUCUGAGCAUGCACCCCGAGUUAGCCAAUGCCCACAAUGUGAUCGUGACAGAGAGGGUAGUUUCUGGUGCUGGCGUAACUGGCACAGCUGGGAUCAGUGGAGGCGGUGGCAUAGGCAGCAUGGGGGCCGGGGCCGGGGCCCUGGGUGGAGCUGGAGCAAGUGGUGGUGGCAUCGGGCUGAGCAGCCUUGGUGGAGGUGGGGGCCUGAGCAGCAUGGGGGGGGCAGCCACCAUCGGCCACAUGAGGAGCUCCUCUGACCAUCACUUUAGCCAGACCCUUGGAGCCGCCUCCCCUAGCACAGCUCGAAGUCGAAUCACAAAGUACAGUACAGUGCAGUACACCAAGUAG